AUGACAAAAGAGCCCCCGGAAACACAAUUACAACGUCUUCACAAUUACUUCACCAAUUGUACUCACAUUCAAGGAAAUUUGGAACUAACCAACAUCAGGAACCACAAUGACGAUCUGAGUUUUUUAAAAUAUGUUGAAGAAAUUUCAGGAUAUUUGUUAAUUUUUAAUGUGGACAUCAAAGAAAUAUUAUUGCCCAAGUUGAAGAUUAUUAGGGGACAAACCUUAUUAAGUUAUAAACAUCACAAGGAUAAUAGCCUUGUUGUUUUACUUACUAACCCAAACAAAGUCCCAAAUUUGGUGUUUCAAAAUCUUCGAGAAAUUUCAUAUGGGAACAUUUUGGUGCACACUGCUUAUAAAUGCCUGUUCGAAGAAAAUUUGAGUUUUAAAGAUUUCUUUGUUGAUUCCAAUUCCAAGAUUAUAACAUUAGGUCCAAAUGUUCCACAAAAAUGCUCAACUUGCCCGAUGGUAUGCAAAUUAAAUUACGACAACAAAGAAACAUCACAUUGUUGGAAGAAGCUGAAUAAGCCUCUCUGCCAAAAAUUAAGCAAAGUGAUAUGUUCGCCUCAUUGUGGUGCAGGCAGAUGUUAUGGUAGAGGGGAGAAUGAAUGCUGCCACCAACAGUGUGCUGCUGGUUGCUGGGGACCUAAGGACACCGAAUGCUUGGCUUGCAAACAUUAUAAGGAUGAUGAGAGAUGUGUGGAAUCAUGCUUGCCACAUGUUGCUUCCACUUUCAAACAUUCUGCAUCACACACAUCAUCAGAUGUACGCAUCAAAUUCUCUCACCAUGCAUUCUGCGUUGAUACUUGCCCAGAUAACUUGCUCAUAGAGGGCAGAGCCUGUGUUGAGGAAUGUUCACCUGGUUUCAAAACAUCUUUGUCAUCCUCACCAACGUCAGUGUUAUUUCCAUCACUUCUUUCAAAUUCAUCAUCGUUGUCGGACAGAUUAUGCUUGCCUUAUUCCGAUGCAGCCUCGAACAAAGAUGUUUGCAAGGGCACAGAUGAAGUUUUGUCGUCGGAGAACAUCAACAAUUUCAUCAACUGCUCUAUUGUUGAUGGCAACAUUCACAUAACAGACAUCUCCUUUUUGGGUGACCGUGCAAAUGGCAUCGAACCCCUGCCAGUGGAAUCUUUAAUGUUGAUGGAGCACGUGCAGCACAUCAGGGGCUCCUUGGUCAUCAAUUCGCUGAAGAGACAUCCGCAGGUCGACAGUUUCUAUUUCUUGAGGAACUUGGAAACUAUCGGCGGAAGCAAGUUGUACCACGACAAGUGGUCAUUGUUUGUCCAGAACACCAAUUUCAAGUUCUUGGGCCUGUCUCAACUGCGAAGUGUGAGAAGGGGCAGGGUGUACAUAUUGGACAAUGAACACUUGUGCCUUGCUAGCACCAUCAACUGGCCUCUUAUGCGUUCUAACGGCAACAAAAGUCAUAAUAGCGAUGACAUAAUUGGAAACAACAUGAAUGACACUAAUUGCAAACUUAUGAAAAUGCUAUGUUCAGAAGAGUGCAGUGAAGUGCAUGGAUGCAUGGGCCCGGGCACUUCUCAAUGCAUUCAUUGUAGGAACAUGAAUUAUAACGGCGAAUGUCUGCCUGACUGCACCAUUCAUUCAAAUGCUGAGGUCCAUUUGUAUCAGAUCAACAAAACAAAGUUAUGUGGUGCAUGCCAUCAGGAAUGUCUUGGACCUUGCUCUGGUCCAGACGGUGAUGAUUGUCUGGAGGGAUGUAAACAUACCCAACUAGGAAGUACAUGUGUAUCUCACUGUCCAGUCGGAUAUUACGUUGAAGACGACGACGAUGUUGUUGAGGAUGUUUUCAAAGCCGAUGAUGAAGCUGAUAAUAAUUAUGGUGAUGAAAAUGAUACAGAUGAUAUCGAAAACACGGGAAAUACUGCAAAUAGCAAUGAGACAAAUCUAAAACUUAAUAAGAUAGCUAACAAUGUGAACAGCAUAGCGAGUAGUAAUAAGCAAACAGCUGGAAAGCACGGAACAUGCAAACAAUGUUCAUCCGUGUGCUACAAUGGAUGCACAGGCAACAACACACACCUUGGAAGAUUUGGCUGUAACAUGUGCUUUCUUGGACUACUUUCAAAUGAUGAUGAUGAUGAUGAUGGCCGUGCUACUGACGAUGCUUAUGAUUUAAAGGAAGGAGUUAAUUAUUCAGGCGAGCACGGCCAGGAAGCAGUGUUGGGCAGAAAAAGAACUCUUAACGGAAGUCGUGACAACUUGAGAAAUGAAACUCUUCAUAACGAGAGCAGUUAUGACGACACCAAUAAUAAGAAGAAUAAAAACAAAAUAAGUCGCACGGUUUUUCCUGGAGGUGACGCCCAUAAAAACAUUAGCAGAAUUAUAACGAAAGUUGUGUGUAUAAAUGCUAGCAGUCUGGAGCAUAUUUGCCCCGAGGGAUUCUACUUGGACCACCACUUCAAACAUCCUCACUACGAACCAGUUGCCAAGCUGGGAGUAUGCAGGAGAUGCCAUGCGGAGUGCGAGACAUGCAGAGGACCAGGCAGCUCCAUGCAGUACGGAUGCUCUAAGUGUCGCAACUUUAAAGAGAAGGAUGUGUGCGUGCGAUCAUGUUCAUUGGGGUGGUAUGCAGAUGGCGUGGAUGGGUCAGAUGAAUGCUUUAGGUGUCAUCCACUCUGCAGAACGUGCAACGGACCAUCUGCUGACAACUGCACCUCUUGUAUGCACUUUGCCAUCCCUCAUAUUUCCCUUCAAGAGUAUCCUGCUUUUUGGAAUGGUGCUACUGCUGUUCAUGAUACUUAUGACGGUGACAACAAUUCUAGUAUGAAGCAGCUGAACUGCACGGACGAAUGCCCCACAGACUUGCCUUUCACGAUGCUUUUGCAUUCCAAUCUAUUCUGUGUCACAUCUGCUGCUAUUAAAAGUCAACUUGAAGACAGGAAACCAAACGUUAUCAGUCUGGCACUUCCUCUCCUGUUCGCUCUGGUCAUGUUUGUCCUGUUGGUUGCUUUGCUGAUUCAGAGGAAAAAGAGAACGAACAGAAAAGACGAAAUUGAUUCGGAAUUCAUAGAAUAUAUCAACAACAAUGAUGAAAGCACCAGAGAAAGUGACGUGAAGCCUGACAUGUCUCGACUUCGACUGAUCCGCGAGAACGAGUUGAAGAGGAAGAAUGUAAUCGGAUCUGGUGCAUUUGGAACUGUUUAUAAGGGUUAUUGGACACCAGAGGGAACCAGAAACAUGAAAAUUCCAGUGGCCAUCAAAGUGUUAACAGAACAUUACCUACCGAGCGGUGCAGAUGACGAGAGUAACUCAGAGAACUCCAUCUUAGGUGAGGCGCACAUCAUGGCAUCGGUCAUGCAUCCAUGUUGUGUGCAGAUUCUUGCCAUCUGCGUGACUUCUCCCAUCAUGUUGAUCAGCCAGUUGAUGCCGCUCGGAUGUCUUCUCGAGUACGUCAAAAAGUUCGAACAGAAGAUUGGCUCGAAACAUCUCGUCACCUGGGCCAUGCAGAUUGCUCAUGGAAUGUCAUAUUUGGAGCAGAAGAACAUCGUGCACAGAGAUCUGGCUGCCAGAAAUGUCUUAGUGCAAGAUUCCUUCAAAGUGAAGAUCACAGAUUUUGGAUUGGCCAAGUUGGUAGAUAGGAGGGAGGGACAGUUUCAAUCAAGAGGUGGAAAGCUGCCUGUUAAGUGGAUGUCUAUUGAAAGCAUCAAGUACAGGAUAUUUUCACACAAAUCUGACGUCUGGAGUUAUGGUGUCACAUUAUGGGAACUAUUCACAUUCGGCUGUCGUCCGUAUGAGGAUGUGUCUUCCCAACGUCUUCUUGAAGUACUGGAGAUGGGACAGAGGUUGAACCAGCCAUCCGUUUGUACCAUCGAUGUCUACAUGAUCAUGAUCAAAUGCUGGUUGGUAGAUGCAUGCAGUCGUCCAACGUUCCUGCAACUGCAUGAGGAGUUCAACAAGAUGCUUGAAGAUCCUGCAAGAUACAUUGUCAUCCCGAAGGAAGAGUCAGCAUUGUCAAAAAAAUCAGCUAAGGAAAACCGAAUAUCGUACGUGACAACCAAGUACAUCAGAACAAAACACGAUAGACAACAAACAUCUCCCGGUGAAUACAUUGUUGAACAGCAGUUUGGAGCAAAUCAAACUCCCUCCCCACCACCAUCAACUGCAGGAACAACAACGACGACCUACGCAACUACAUACACGAAGUCUUCCGCGCCUAACCUGCCCGAUACAUUAGUUGUCAAUGGAGGCAUCACGAAAACGCUGCUAAAAAAUAAGCCGGGUGGCAAUCCUCAUUCAACCAAACAUCAGCUAGUGACCACAUUCGUAAAUAGAUCUUACAACAAUAACGUUGGUGGCGACAACAAACAAAGUAAAAAGAAGAUCCAUAAUAACAGAAAAAAAAUUGCGUCAACUGACACAUGUGAUUCACAUAAAUUUCAAUACGAUCAUCCGACCACAAGUUUGUUGAGAGGCAAAAAUGGUGACAGCAAUUGUAAAAUAAAAGAUGGACUGGCGUCAGUGGUUGUGCAUUCAAGAUCCACCCCCACAAAUCUAUCGAUGAAAAAGGUAAUAAAUAACAUCUUCCAAAACUCUAAAACCAGUGCUGACUUGAGAACAUCUAGAAACAUCUGUUACCUGGAACCUAAAUCGUCAGAUGCCGUCACUUAUCUGGAAAUUCAAAAUUCCAUUGAUGACCCUCAAGCUAAUUGUGCCGAAGACGUUACUGAUUGUAGCCACAGAGUGAAUAAUAAUAGAACUCCAAGCAAUAAGGACGUUACAGAGGCCAACAACACGGCAGCAAGUGCGUGUGACGAAAUCGAGAUAACCAGCCUAAUCUCAUCACCACACAUUCCUCCAUCUCAGGCAUCUUUUCUUAAUAAAGAAUAUUUCCAAAGUACUGAAAUAUAA